AUGAAAACCAUGCGGCCUGGGGAAGCUAACAAACGAGGGAACGUGGUGACAGCACGAAUAAUUCCGAUCUUCCUCCUUGGGAUCAUUGGGUACUCGUCAUGGGUGCUCACGGAUCUUGUGUGCCUCAAAUAUCUCAUACACCCUACACAAUCACUGCUCGUCCGCCGUGAGACCGGUUCGGCGAUUGCCAUCCUCGUUAUAUACUACCUUCUUUUGCUUGUCACGCUGACUUGCUUCGGCCGUCUGACCCAGACGAUCGUGACAAACCCGGGCCUCGUUCCGCGCGGAGAGCAGUACUGGAUUGAGAAAGAACGGAAACGGCGGAAAGAGAGGAGUGCGACCCAUAAGGAGGAGGCACUCGAGUAUGACUCGACCGAAGGAUAUACACCCCGGCAUCUCCGCCACCGGCAGGAUAAGGAGGCUCAGGGCUUCCGCGCUCAAGACUUCUGGUACAAGGACGUCUUCGUCUGCGGUUGGGACGGCCGCCCACCAUUUUGCUCGACAUGUUAUAAUUACAAGCCCGACCGGGCACACCACUGCAGGGAACUCGGCCGCUGUGUGCUAAAGAUGGAUCACUUCUGCCCGUGGGUCGGCGGAAUCGUGUCUGAAACAUCGUUCAAGUAUUUCAUACAGUUCACAUUCUGGGCAGCCCUACUUUGUCUGCACGCACUGGUUGUUAUGGCGUAUUACUUCGCCAGACGCCGAAGUGAAGGACCCGGAAACUUCAUCAACGUGCACUGGAUCCUGGUCUUGAUCUUCGCGGGAUUAUUUUUCAUCUUCACCGCGGGCAUGUGUGGAUCUAGUCUGCAGUUCGCGUUCCUCAAUUCCAGCACCAUUGAGAAUUUCACCCGCAAAACCAAGAUCUGGUAUCUGGCUGUGUAUUUACCACCCAGAGUCCUGGAGAAUUAUCAGAGAUCGAACAGGACGGAUUUGAGGUUGAUUACGUACCCGCGCCCUCCAGAAGAGCAGUUCCAAAUUCUCGUGAACCACGGCGCAAAUAUGGAGGACAGUGAACAGAACGUUGCGGUGCAAGCCAGAAACACGGAUGCGUCAACUCCAACGCCGCCGGAAAAGACUUAUAAUCCAUUGUCAACUACGACAUCCCCUCCUGCUCCCGCCGAGCAGACACCAAACAUUCCUCCCUCCAUAUCAGAUUCGCAGCCGACUACUCUGCCAGCCGCAAUUCCUUCAAAAGUGGAGACACGGGUAUUCGCUAUUCUCGAAUCCCCACCUGGUGGUAAUCCCUUCGACAUCGGUGCAUGGGGAAACUUCAGAGAAGUGAUGGGAUAUACAGUGUUUGAUUGGUUUUUCCCACUGAGGGCAAGUCCCCUUACUGCUCAUAGUGACCCAGUGAGUAUGUAUAAAGUAGGACCUGUGGUAGACAGGAUGAGGAAGAAGGCGGGGAUCCAGGAGGGACGGGCCGACCUCGAACGUGGAGAGGAAGGUGCAGAUGCCGUCGAUGAGAAGAGAAAAAGAAAGACCAACAGGAAUGGGGGUGCGAGUAGGCAAGAACGGAAGAAGAAGCGCAACCAUUCGCGUUCGGCCUCGAACGGAAGCUCUCCAGUCAAUCGUUGA